GAGGCGAAGCGCGAAGCGGGGGGACGAGGUCGUCACGCCGCCGGCGGCGGCGCGGCUAAGGUGCCAGAAGGCGGCAGAAGAGGUUGGCCUUAUAGAGGGUUUAUAGUUUGCGUAGGAUAGACGAUGAGCGUCGAGGUCGACACGCUGGAACUCGAGGUCUUCGAGGUAAAGGACUGCGACGACGAGACCGAAUUAGCGGAUGCGGCGACACGUCGUGGUACCGCGAGGACGACGUCCAGGAGCAGCGAGGCUGGUGGCCGCAGGUGUUCGACGCAGGAGGCCGAGGAGGACGACGACGGCGUUGGUAGCAGCAGUCGCAGGAAGCGGAAGAAGCGGCGGAAAGCGCAGCGGGGCAAGCAGUUGCAGCUGCAGCAGCCGCAGCUGGAGGUGACGACAGGCGGCGUUCAGCAGCGAUCGCACACGGUGCUCACCCUCGCCUCGUCCUCCGACGAGGUGGAAGCGGUGGGCGAGUGCUCCAAGAGGGACUCGUCCAGCAGCCUGGGCGGCGGCAGCCGGCACAACACCCUGCGUGAGUCCCUGCUGACGGUGCUGGGCAAGCUGGUGAUCUGGAAGGGCACCAGAUACCGCUCCGCCACCGCCGCCUCGUCGUCCUCGCUGGGGCCGCCGAAUUCACCACCCGCCACUGAGUGCAUCGGUCGUAGCACGUCCUUCUUUUCCAGCGAAACAGAGAGGCGGAUUCGCGCCAACAACCGCGAGUACAACUCACAAUUUAAUUAUGCGAAUAAUUACAUCAAGACGUCCAAGUAUUCGGUUCUGACGUUCCUACCAUUGAAUUUGUUCGAACAAUUUCAGCGGCUCGCUAACUUUUACUUCCUAUGCCUGUUGGUGCUUCAGAUGAUCCCCGCCAUAUCCUCCUUAACCCCCAUCACCACAGCUAUACCGCUCAUAGGGGUACUCACACUCACUGCCGUCAAAGAUGCCUACGAUGACUUUCAACGGCAUAGCAGCGAUUCUCAAGUGAACAAUAGGAAAUCCCGAACGCUGCGCGGUACUAAUCUUCGUGAGGAGAAAUGGUCACAGGUUCAAGUGGGCGAUGUAAUCAGAAUGGAGAACGAUCAGUUUGUCGCGGCAGACGUUUUGCUUCUGACAACGAGCGAGCCGAACGGUCUCUGUUACAUCGAAACUGCGGAACUGGACGGGGAGACGAAUCUGAAGUGUCGUCAGUGCCUGCCCGAAACUGCCGAGAUGAUGGAUAAUCACGAAUUAGUCGGCCAAUUCGAUGGAGAGAUCGUUUGCGAAACCCCUAAUAAUUUGUUGAAUAAAUUCGAUGGAACGCUCACGUGGAAAGGACGGAAGUACGCGUUGGAUAACGACAAGAUUAUUUUACGUGGCUGUGUGCUCCGAAACACGCAGUGGUGCUAUGGCAUGGUGAUCUUUGCGGGCAAGGAUACCAAACUGAUGCAAAACUCAGGGAAGACCAAAUUUAAGAGAACCUCUAUAGAUAGGCUGCUGAAUCUCCUCAUCAUCGGGAUAGUGUUUUUUUUACUUUCCUUGUGUCUAUUCUGCAUGGUCGGCUGUGGUAUUUGGGAGAGCCUGGUGGGUCGUUAUUUCCAAGUGUACCUACCGUGGGACUCGUUAGUGCCGAGCGAGCCUAUAACCGGUGCCACAGUGAUCGCCCUGCUCGUGUUCUUUUCGUACUCUAUCGUGCUGAACACAGUGGUGCCAAUCAGUUUGUACGUGAGUGUUGAAGUUAUUCGGUUUGUUCAGUCGUUUUUGAUAAAUUGGGAUGAGGAAAUGUACUACGCGCCCACGAAAACGCACGCUAAAGCUAGGACUACCACGUUAAACGAGGAGCUGGGCCAAAUAGAAUACAUAUUCUCCGACAAAACCGGAACAUUGACGCAGAAUAUAAUGACUUUCAACAAGUGUUCUGUGGCGGGCAAAUGUUACGGCGACGUCAUUGACGAAGUCACCGGCGAGAUCAUCGAUUUGAGCGAGACGGACAGAGCUGUUCCAACGCCAACGAUGCGAUGGCAGAGCGGACAGGAAUUCGUACGUCCAGUUUAUACACCAUUAAGUGGUCCGAAUGUACGUCUUCUGGAACAAGCAGACAGGGUAUCCAAUACAUCACCGGAACCCGGCAUCAACGGCAGCCCAAAGACACACAAAUCUUCAACAAUGCCACCUCUGGAUUUCUCGUUCAACAAGGACUACGAGCCGGAUUUUAAAUUCUACGAUCCUGCACUGCUCGAAGCCGUGAAACGGGAGAAUCAGGACGUUCACAGUUUUUUCAGACUGUUAGCACUUUGUCACACUGUUAUGCCGGAAGAAAAAAGCGGCAGGAUUGAAUACCAAGCGCAAUCGCCCGACGAGGCUGCCCUAGUAUCUGCCGCUAGAAACUUUGGUUUCGUCUUCAAGGAGAGAUCGCCCAACAGCAUAACGAUCGAAGUGAUGGGGAAAAAGGAAAUAUACGAACUGCUCUGUAUUCUGGACUUUAAUAAUGUACGCAAGAGAAUGUCCGUAAUUUUGAGAAAAGACGGACACCUCCGAUUGUACUGUAAAGGGGCAGAUAAUGUUAUUUACGAGCGACUGAAAAAGGACAGCGAAGAGAUAAUGGCGAAAACGUUGGAUCACCUAAAUAAGUUCGCAGGUGAAGGCUUAAGAACAUUGUGCCUUUCCGUGAGGGACUUGGACGAAAGUUUUUUCAAUAAUUGGAAGCAACGUCAUCAGGAGGCAGCGUUGAGCCAAGAAAACAGAGACGACAAGCUGGACGCGAUUUACGAGGAGAUAGAAAAAGAUAUGUCAUUAUUGGGUGCUACUGCCAUCGAAGAUAAAUUGCAAGACGGUGUACCGCAGACUAUCGCCAACCUGAGUCUCGCUGGCAUCAAACUUUGGGUGUUGACGGGCGACAAACAGGAGACAGCUAUCAACAUCGGAUACUCGUGUCAGUUACUGACGGACGAUCUCACGGAUGUCUUCGUGGUGGACGGCACCACGUACGACGGUGUGGAGACGCAGUUGGUGCGAUAUUUAGAUACCAUUAAGAACGCGUCGACCCAACAGCACCGACCGACUCUCUCCAUCGUCACAUUCAGGUGGGACAAGGAAAGCAGCGAUACAGAAUAUAAUCCAAGUAGAGACGAACAGGAUGAGCACGAAAUGGAGCAUUCUACGGGAUUCGCUGUGGUUAUCAACGGGCAUUCUUUGGUUCACGCGUUGCAUCCGCAAUUGGAACAGCUUUUUUUAGAAGUGUCCAGUUCAUGUAAAGCUGUAAUAUGUUGUCGGGUGACGCCGCUGCAGAAGGCAAUGGUCGUCGAGCUGAUUAAAAAGAAUAGAUCCGCGGUGACUCUGGCGAUUGGUGACGGUGCUAACGAUGUCUCGAUGAUAAAAACAGCUCACAUCGGCGUUGGUAUCAGCGGACAGGAAGGAUUGCAGGCCGUGUUAGCCUCCGAUUACUCGAUAGGGCAGUUUAGGUUUUUGGAAAGGCUACUUCUGGUUCACGGCAGAUGGUCUUAUUAUAGAAUGAGUAAAUUUCUUAGGUAUUUUUUUUACAAGAACUUUGCAUUCACUCUCUGCCACAUCUGGUUUGCCUUCUUUUGCGGAUUCAGCGCACAGACUGUGUUUGAUCCCAUGUACAUUUCCGUCUACAAUCUGUUUUAUACUUCGUUACCGGUUUUGGCGGUUGGCAUUUUUGAUCAGGACGUUAACGACAAGAAUAGUUUAAUGUAUCCGAAAUUAUACGCACCAGGACUGCAGAAUUUGCUCUUCAACAAAAAGGAAUUUUGUUGGAGCGCCCUACAUGGGUUUUAUGCUAGUUGUGUAUUAUUUUUAGUACCUUAUGGGACAUACAAGGACGGAGUGUCACCAAAGGGUUACGUACUUUCUGAUCACAUGCUGCUGGGCAGUGUAGUAGCCACUAUAUUAGUUAUAGUCGUGACUGUUCAAAUAGCCCUUGACACAUCGUACUGGACAGUUUUUAACCAUAUUAUGGUGUGGGGCUCGCUCAUCUGGUAUUUUAUUUUAGAUUACUUCUACAACUUCGUUGUAGGUGGGAGUUACGUCGGUAGCCUUACUAUGGCCAUGUCCGAAGCGACUUUUUGGUUCACAACAGUGAUAUCCUGUAUAAUCCUCGUGAUACCAGUAUUGUCGUGGCGAUUCUUCUUUAUGGAUGUCAGGCCAACACUGUCCGAUAGAGUCAGAUUGAAGCAGAGGCUGGCCCAACUCCGUUCCCGUCAAAGCCAGGACAUACUACGUACACCGUCUACGAGACGUACACGGCGAUCUCUACGCUCGGGCUAUGCCUUCGCUCACCAAGAGGGCUUCGGCAGGCUGAUUACGUCCGGGAAAAUUAUGCGCAAAUUGCCAAAUGGUGCUGAUUUUAAGUUUUCUAUGCCGUUUACAAACAACGUCACGAAGCAGGUUAACGUUGCUUCAACGUCACCAAAGGACAACAGUGCAUCUAGAAAUUCGCACACACUGGACACGAUUAAUUUAUAAUAGCUCGGAUGUUAGUCGACUCAAUGGACACUGAAGUGCAGGUGAUUCUAGUGAAUUUUUCUUGAUUUACUUAGUUACGGAUGUUAGGUGUCAAAAUUCAACGCGUCGAAUUGAUCGACUCCGGUGUAUCCCAUUGAAAUAUCGCGUUCUCAAUAUUUCUGUUGCGUUAAUUGCGAGGCGCGAGUGAUAUUGUAUGCAGUAUUCGAGAGGAUCUCGUGGAGAGUCGAUGUCUGUGAUUACAUUACAUUUAAUUUAAACAUUUAUUUAUAUUCGAAGAAAAUUUCGAACAAUUAGAAGCUCUAUUACAAUCUACACAAUGGAUACCCACGAACAACGAUAAUAACAAUAUUAAACUAUUAUAAAUACAACUUUGUUAAUGCAUAUGUCUUUUUAACGCAAUGAAUUCCAGUGGGAUACAUUGAGUAACACUACAGUAGAAGUGGCAUAUGCUAUUUACGUCUAUACAACACUGUUAAGCAUUUACGGAUCUGUUAUAAUUAUAUGAUUUAAAUGUUAUUUACUUAUUCAAUACUUUUUUUAAUUUUUGCACUUAGGCCACAAGUAAGUGCACAUAAUAUGCAUUGAUUUAAUAUGUUAGACAAUGAUUAUAUGUACGUAAAUAGUAUGUUUUACAAUAAUUAUAUGCUGUAUGGAAAAAUAGCUUAUGCUACAAUGUAGAUUACGUUUUUAAUCGUUAUUAUAAAAUUAUGUGAGAACAAUCCUGAAUGUCAGAGCAUGUUGCGGACAAUCUUAAUAUUUUGUUCAACAAAGGUCUCGAAAAGUGAUAAUUAUAUAUUUUCUUUUCAUUCAUCAAUGUGAAGUAAUAUUGAAGACAAGUAUUAAUACAAAAAUGUAAUUUUUUUAAAAAUACAUAAUUUAUAUUAAUAUUAAUUGAAAAUUAUAAAUUUAUUAUAAAAUUAAUUUCAUAGGUUUUUAAUAAUUGAAUAAACAAACUUUAUUUUGAUUACUUAUUUGCAUGCGUAUAAAUUAUGAGUAAAAUAUUAAUUUUUAAAACAAUACUAUUUUGCAUAAUUCAUACAAAUCGUUUCUUUCAUUGAAAAUUCUAAAUAAUAAAAAUAUAUAUUCUCAGCAUUUAGUAUUAUUUGUAAUUUUGUGGAUAAUUCUCAGUCCAUUUUAUUGAAAAUUACGACACAAACUAAUGCAAUAACAUCGGAAAGAAUAAUUUGCAUUGUUACGCACUCCCUGUGUAUAUAAUAGAAGUAUUGCAUAGAGGCGUCAAAAUCUUGUAAUUAUCCUACCUUGUACUAUAUAUUAUCCUAGUAUGAGUAUGAUUACUGUAAAAAUAAAAAAAAAACAUGUUUGCACGAUAUACUAUAAUAAUAAGGAUAAUAGUUACAUUGAUCAUUGCCUUUAUAAAACAUGAAUACAACAAACGAUUUAAAAUAUUGUACCAUAGCAUUGAUUGUAAAUAUUUUAAAGAGAUAUAUAUUAUAUUAAAUGUUAAGUAUAUACAUUUUUUAAAAGAAAGUAAUAUAUAUAGAUAGAUCGAUUUAAAAAAAUACGAAAAUAGUAGCUAUAUUGUAUUACACUAUCGCGGAUAAAGUUUGCCUUGUGGACUGACUACUGAAUACAUAUAAUAUUAUUAAAGUGAAAAAAAAAACAGUAGCAACAAUGGAGUAUGUAUUUCUACUUUUAAUAUUACAAUGAAAUUUACGGAGGAAUAGUGUGUACGAAAAAAAAGUAUGUUCCGCAAUCAAAUUAUUCAUUUUCAACGGAGAACGUGGAUUUUCAGUUGCUUUCAAACAUGGUGCCUAAUCGUCAAACUACACGGUGUCACAAAGCUCCCAUUUCGUUAGUUUACAUUUAUAUAAUGUACACUUCGUUUUUCUAUGUGAAUAGCAGUAAGUGGAUUAUUUUAAAUUUUUAUUAGUUCCAGGCGCAAGCAUUCAGUAGUUUGUAUAACAGAGUUGUCUCUUUUGUAUCAUACUAUAUAUACUCGUCCGAGUUUUGCAAUACAAAAAUGAAAUUCUUUCAAACUAA